AUGGUAGAAAUUGACGGUUGCAAAGGAAAUGGUGGUAUGGGUUUUAGAGGAAUUUCAGAUUUUAAUUUAAGUCUUCUUGGAAAACAAUUUUGGAGAAUAUUGCAGGGAGAAAGCUCUUUGUUGAGUCAGGUCUCAAGAGUAAAUAUUUCCCAAGGUGUUCUAUUCAAGAGGCUAAAAUUGGAUCUUCUCCUAGCUAUUAGCUAUAUAUGGAAAAGCAUCUUGGAGUCGAGAGAUUUAGUGAUGUCAGGAACUAGAUGUAGAAUUUGUGAUGGUUCUCAAGUCCACGUGUGGAGGGAUAACUGGAUUCUCGAUAACUCUGGGUUUGAAGUCUCUAGUGUAAAUUGA